GUUAACUUCCACCUGCCCUGAAGAAGCCGCUGCGCCGGCAGCAGGAGGCGGAGGCGGAGGCGGAGGCAGGCGGGGCAGCCGAGGACCCGGCUCUGGCAGGCUCCGAGGGUCCGGCCGAGUGUAAUUCCCCCCUAAUCCCCGCCACGGCGGCGCUUCCCUGGCCGAGCCAUGUCUGCGGCUUCCCCGCCAUGCCGAGCCUAGCGGGGAGCGGGAGGACUGGCGGCCGGGAGGCGCACAAAAUGAAGACCCUGAUGCGCCACGGGCUGGCCGUCUGCCUGGCGCUCACCACCAUGUGCACCAGCUUGUUGCUCAUGUACGGCGGCAUCGGCAUCGGCGGGGGCCGCCCGGAGCCGCGGCGGCGGCAGCAGCAGGUGGCGGCGGUGCCCAGCCGCCCGCCGGAGCGCGGCCAGCGCCACCCGGCUCUGCCCGUCGGGGCCGGCCUCCUGGAGGGCUACAUCAGCGUCCUGGAGCACAAGCCGCUGAAGAUGCACUGCAAGAGCUGUGCGCUGGUCACCAGCUCGGGGCACCUCCUGGGGAGCAGGCAAGGGCACAGAAUCGACGAGAGCGAGUGUGUCAUACGCAUGAACGACGCGCCCACCCGCGGCUACGGCAAAGACGUGGGGAACAAAACCAGCCUGCGAGUCAUCGCGCACUCCAGCAUUCAGAGGAUUCUACGAAAUCGCAACGAACUCUUGAAUAUGAGUCAUGGUGCUGUGUUCAUCUUCUGGGGCCCGAGCAGCUACAUGAGGAGAGAUGGCAAAGGCUUGGUGUACAAUAACCUGCAGCUGAUGAACCAGAUACUGCCUCAGUUAAAAGUGUAUAUGAUUUCUCGCCACAAGAUGCUUCAGUUUGAUGACCUUUUUAAACGGGAGACCGGAAAAGACAGGAAGAUAUCCAACACUUGGCUUAGCACGGGCUGGUUCACAAUGACUAUCGCAUUAGAGCUCUGUGACAGGAUAAAUGUUUAUGGCAUGGUGCCACCGGAUUUCUGCAGGGAUCCUAAUCAUCUUUCAGUACCUUAUCACUACUACGAACCUCUGGGUCCGGACGAGUGCACCAUGUACAUUUCCCACGAGCGGGGCCGCAAGGGCAGCCACCACCGCUUCAUCACCGAGAAGCGCGUCUUCGAGAACUGGGCACGGACAUUCGACAUCCGCUUCUUCCAGCCCGACUGGAAACCAGAGCCGCUCGCUGGGACCCGCCCCGCGGGCAGCCCGCUGGCCUGAGGGACAGACGGACACACGAGCCAGCCACGGCCACCUCCCGCAGCGCCUCUGGAGCCUUCGGAGCCCGUGGGCCGGCGCGGCAGCCCCGAGGAGAAGGGGUACAGG